CGCAGGCCGACUACCACACUACCGGCUUCCACUAGCCCGCCAUGAUCUUACUUUUCCACGGUUUCGCCCCGUCCGUGGUCUUCCCGUCACCGCGGUCAUACCAUCCUCUCGCAGAGGGUCCGGCUCGCUGAGCCGAUUGCUUUUUUCUCUGACGACGAUGUUGGAGUAUUAUUACAUCCUUCUCUGGGCACCUCUCUACGCAGCCCUUGUCGGUGCUGAUACAGACCCUCUACUGAUUGACUGCUACCGAUGGGACGGCGGGGUGACUGCCAACAACACCAAGUGCCCCAACUCCAAUGCCUGCUGCGGGCCGACCGCCACAUGCCUGUCGAACCGCCUUUGCCACAACGUCGGCGACGGGCCCGACCUGUUUGUGCGGGGGCCUUGCGCGGUCAAGGGAUGGGAUCCCGACUGCGCCCAGAUCUGCAAAUAUGAUGAGCAAGGUGGCGUUUUCCCGCGCGUCACGAUAUGCGCCGACGGCAGCCUCUGCUGCAACAACGACCCGCAGUGCUGCCAGGACGGUAAGGGGGUAUUUCUCGACGAAGCCGGAAACAUCGCUUCGGCCAGGGCGACGGCCGCCACAACAAGCUACCCCCCCUUGGGCGGCGGGCCAUCGAGGUACACCCUCACUCCGUCCGCCAGCACGACGACGACCCCCACCGCCCGCAGCGGCAGCAGCACCAGCAAUAGCAACAACCCUUCUUCCAUGCGCGCAUCGUCGUUCACGUCGGAGCCGGGGGAAACGGCCGCGGCGAUCGCGUCUUCUGCGUCAUCGACAGCCACCCGGACCACCGCCAUCGACCAGCCGCCCUCGGGCGUAUUAGGUUCUUCUUCGAACUCGGGCUCGAUCUCGGAAGAUGACGACAACGGCGGCGGCGGCGGCGGGGGCAACACUACCGGGUUCAAGAUCGGCCUGGGGCUGGGGAUCCCGCUCUCUGUGCUGGUGACGGCCUGCGUCGUCUACUACCUGGCCGCGCGCCGCCAUCGCUCCCACUUCGUUAGCAGCAGCAGCGGCAGCGGCGGCGGCGACUCGCCAGCCUCUUAUUAUCAACAUCCGUCCGUGCCGCCGCAACAACAGCAAUAUCCGGGCUCAGCAGCGCACUCGCCGGGGCCGGGGCCGGCGUAUUACGUGUACGGCGGCACCGUCAAGGAGACGGGAACCGGUCCGGCGGGGCAGCAGCCGACGGUGGCGGUGGUGCCGGUGGAGGCCCAGGGCCAGUCGGCGGCCGAGCUGGAUGCGGUUGGUGCGGGUCGGAACGGGGCGAGGGAGGAGAGGUAUUAUAACCACGGUGUCGAGAUGGCCCGGGGGUGGUAUGCGCCCGGAGGGCCGGGCGGGGUUGUGAAGAGUUAGGUGACUGGGUAUGCAGGAAGUGCAGGCAGGUGAGUUCUUACUAUCAGGAGUUGAAGUGAGGUUAAAUAUCAGGUACAAUUUACUUCGGCAUGGAGAGUGGAACUGUAAAGUGUUUGCUGUGUGCAUAUUCGCCGCUUAAAGAAGCGGUUGCGGUGGUUUUUUUUUUUUUUUUAUCAAGUUCUUUUCUCAAUGAAGUUCAGGCACCUAUCUGGGCAUCUCGGUAGCUUUUGAACACUCUUGGUGACCAGCGAUUAUUAGCUGAGAUUGUAAUUUUCGUCCUGCCCUAGUGUCCUUCCUUCCUGCACUCUGUUUCUUGCCUUUCAUUACUCACAAUGACGCUUUGCCACGGAUUCAUAAGGUUGUUAGGUACCUUUGUUUACCAUUCCCUGGCCAUCCCGUGUGCG